ACGUGAUUUCCGCAGAAUUAAUCGAAUUAAUUUCUUAAAAGCGACAUGUGGUUCUAUAUAACGACCCAUUUGCCGGCCAUCCUGCUUGCUUUGAUCUGCCUCGGGACACGCCCCCCGCCCAUCGAUGCGGUUCGAGGCGGGGCACCUGUUGUGGUCGCCGAUGACGAUGACGAAACUAUGGAGUACGCCCCGCAAUAUGAACAUCCCGGUUAUGCCUUCAGUUAUGGGGUAAAGGAUCUUCAUACUGGUGAUGUGAAAUCCCAGUGGGAGUCUCGCGAUGGCGAUGGAGUCAAGGGUCACUACAGCAUACUGGAGCCAGAUGGAUCCAUACGUACGGUGCAUUAUACAGCCGAUGCCAAGAAGGGAUUCAAUGCCAUUGUCAAGACAGUGGGUGCCAAUUCGCAUCCCAUCACGGAGACCCCGGAGAGUAGCAACCAUGUUAACGAUGAUACCUCGCAAUCGAAGAUCAACCAUUAUAGCAAGGACCAGGAGCACAUCGUCCUCAGUUCGGACAUAAAACCGCUGAAGAAACCCAUUGAGGACUUAACCCACUCGCACCCGAAGAUCCCCAGCUUGAUUGAGAUCAAGCCGCAUGCCAGGAUCAAGCAGGUGCCAAUGGAUAUGGAUCCGGGAAUUAGGGACCGUUUGCAGCAGGCCAGGGAUACCUAUUAUAAGCAAAUUGCAGCUGCCCAUAAGUUAGAGGAUUAUUCGCAGAAGCUACAGCCCACCUAUGCCGUUCAAGAAGGCGAUUGGAAGGCGGUGAUUGUGAAUGAACCCAAGGAGUACCGACCUUAUUACACCACAGCAUCGCCCGUCCACUCCCACCACGGCUUCUAUGACAACUAUAAGCCAAAGGAGAUUCCCCACAACUAUAUACACAAGCCUUCGAUUUCUCAACAAUCCCUGCACACAAGUUUCUCACCAUCGAAGCCCAGAGUCAGUAUCCCUGAAAGCCUCUCCAAUCACAUUCACCAGAAAAAGGUGGUUCACACCACACCCGGACUUAAGCACUACAAGUACAAGGGAGUAUCCAAGUCCUAUUCCCGACCUGAUUACUCCAGUUAUUUCCACCGCAAGCCCAAGAAGUUGCGUCCCCUGCAUCCCAAGCAAAAGCCAAUUGGCCGGAGACCAGAAAAAUCCGGUCCUGUUCUCUUCCCGAAAAUUCUAGAAGAUGAUUUUGAGGAUUACGAGGAGGAUGAACAGGGGGCGGCGUCGGCCACUCUGGUUCAGAAUAUGGUGCGCAAGGACAAGAAGCACAUGAUUCCCAUGUAUGCGGGCGGACAUAGCUUUGAUUCGGACAGCUAUCGCACCCUGGAAGGUGUCUAG